AUGCGACUCACAGCCAUGACCCAUGUGGUGGAUAGAGAGCAGUACUUCAGCAGCCACAGUGAAGACGACAGCCCACGUUACAGCUGGUCCUGGGUAACAUAUUUUUAUUUUAUUUACUUUUGUAUUAUUUACUCAUUUAGAAAAUGUUGACAAUCUCCAAAGAAGUUUCAUCCCAAUUUCCAAAAGAUCAGGAGGCUAAACUGUCUCAUUUUGUCCAAGCAACUGUCAGAAACCCAAUGAAAGCCAGGAUGUUGUAAUCAAAAAGGGAAAUCCUUGUGUUGGAAGGGCUAAAAUUAGCUUUUUGGCUUAUUUAAUUUCAAAUUCUCAAUAUUAGAUUCUUAUCACAUUUUUACAUUCAAAUUAGUUCUUGACUUUCAACAUAAAAUCCCCAGCAGGUUCAACCGUGAAUGAGCAUGUAGCUCACAUAAAAUUUAUAGAAUUAAGAGCAGAAAUUACAGGGAAAGAAGGAAUUUUAGAGCAAAAGGAUUUAUCUGAAUCAAAAAAUGCUAACCAUCCUUAUCAACAAACACAAUCACAGAGGAUGGAUGGAGGCAUAAGUAGGAAAAAAAACAGAGACCACCUGAGCAGUCAGAGAAGAACCUGUGUCCUUAAAGACCCUGUGAUCAGAUAUCACACUCACCCCGUACCCUUUUGUUGUACAGCAGUGCAACAUAUGUACACAGGGCAUGUGAGCUUUUGUCUGUUUGUGUGCAGUGUAACCAUGUGCUCGAUCAACACACAGCUCUAUGCAUGACCUCAAGCCUACACACGUACUUAUAAAGGCAUAUUACACCACAGUUAGUGGACCCAUUACAUAACAGUCCCACCAUGUAGAGGCCUGUGAGCGGCUCUGUGGGCUCAGGCAGCACCUCCACAUUCCCUUUUCCACCUUCAGAUCAUAUCGUACUGAAGUUUAUCUUAAGCUGCUCAGUUGUUUUGUCUACCUGCUCACUCUCAGUGAAGCUGUGUUGGUGUGUGUUCUAACAUUUCCUGGGGCUGUAUGAGUUGUAUAAUAGUGUCAUGGUGUUUCUAUCAUCUUUUCACGUAUUUAUGUUUCAUGAGUUUCAUGUGGUUUACAUACAAUAUGAGUAAUAUGCAGAACGUAGAUGUUUGAAGUUUUUUUGGCUUGUGUUCCUCUGUUUUCACAUGCUGUGUUGUGAUAUUGUGCAGAUAAAUACUACAGUGGAGGCGGCUAAAUGUGUGCAGCACAAGAGUCUGAGACAAAUUUCCAUCUUUAUAAAAUGUCUCAUAUCAUAUUGUUUCAUAUUGUUUUUGAAUCCAGAUAACUACUGUGUUGUAUCUUAUAUCAUAUUAUACCCAAUUGAAAAGUGUCAUAUCAUGUGGCAUUAUAUAUGAAUUAAAUUCAGUGUAAAAUAAACACAAGAUAAAUUCUACAGUGCUAUCAGCUAAGUGUGCGAGACUUAGGUCCCAGACAAAUUUCCCUCUAGGAACCAUCAAAAAUAUGGCUUUGUAUUGUAUUGUGUCAUGUAUCACUGUAUCAUAUCAUAAUGUAGUGAAUGGUAUCACAUUGUGUUGUAUCAUGUCAUAGAGAACAGUGUCAUAUCAUUAUGAGAUCAAAUCACAUUGGAUUGGAUCACGUGAAAUCAGCUUGAUUAAUAUCUUAUCCAGCCUUAUCAAUCAAAUUGUAUCAGGGCAAAUUGAAUCGAAUUCUAUCAUAUCACAUUGUACCGUAUUGGUAUUGUUUCAUUUUGUUUCAUAUCAUACCGUGUUGUGUUAAAUCAACAAUGUCGUAUUGCAGUGUAAUCCAUCGCAAUGUACCGUGGUCUAGCGUGUCAUGUCAAAAUGUAUUGGGUCACUAAGUACUGUAUCAUGCCAUAUUGGAUAGCACUGUACGGUGUGAUAUUGUAUCCUGUUCAAUCAUAUCCAAUAGUAUUUUCUUGCAUGGUACUGUAUCAUUUUGUACAGCAUUGUGUUUCAUUGUAAUAUUUCCUGCCUCAGUCAGAAGUUUAAGUGAUGUUUAUUCCCAGAUUCAUAGUAUUAUUCUGAAUUACUUUAGAUCCCCUGUGUUCAGGUGGUCAUAUUCACUAGUCAAUAAAAAUCAGCACGAGCAUAUGAAAUCAUACAUCAUUUGGGAGCUUUUUCUAUUUCACAACCGUUGACUGAAGACUAUCCUGCAAAAAGCUUUGCAAACACUCUGCUGCAUCUCCCAAAAAUCACAUCGAAAUGUUUGAUGUUGCGUGCUCAACAAGAUCUCUCAUUUAUGAUGGUAAUAAAACUUGGAAUCUAGCGGCUACUGCUUUAUGUAAGAGGAUUGGUUAUUUCUGUCCUUUGCUCUAUUAGGUCACCUGGUGGUCACACGGACAUGUGCUCUGUCUCUGUAGGUGAAAUUUUGUAUAAUAACACUCAAUAAAAGACAGUCUUGCCUCUUACAAAUGCAAAAACUUGAUCCACCUUGAGUCAGAUUUAGUUGUUGAGGCCAAAAGAGGAUUGAAGGCUGCAGUUUGAAAAGCUGCAAUCGGUCAUGUCUGGGCUGGGAUACCAAACUAAUCUGAUUUUUCUAAAGCUGCGCAGAAUAUCUGCCAGGACACAGGGGCGGCUUGAAUAACUCAGCUGAAAAUGCAGCUCAGGCAGCCCUCUGAUUGGCUCAUGGAGCCCAUCCCCCAAAAACACCCCUGUUGCUGUGGUGAUGAAAUGAAUGUAUUCUUGACCUCGGAGAGAGUUCCUGGGAGCGAUGAGGCUUCCCCUGUCUCAGCAAACCACCAUCUUCCUCCCUCCUUCUCCCUCUCUCUCUUCUUCUCUCCCUCACGUGUCUGGCGUGAAGCAACACUGUAGGGUGAUAUAUGGAGAGAUAGAGACAGUUAACAGCCAGCAUACACACAAACACAUAAGCCAUAAACACACACACAUUAACACAUACUUCUCAUACAUGCAGAGAGCAAACACUGACCCACCCACAUAAACAAACAACGCACAUGGCUGUCCAUGUGACGUAAUGAAUGAAUGAAAUUCCUGAAAUUACACACAAAACCAAUCCUGUGGUUACAGAUACAUUUUCUUCACACUCAAAUAAGCUUCAAUUACUCUCAGAUUUUGACGACCUAAAUCUGUGACCUUUAAGGCAUGAUUUUGGCUUUCUCGCACAAAAACGAACAAAAUAAAAUUGACAUUACUCUCAUUUCUGUUGGUUACCCAGCUGCAGAUAGUUAGCACAGCUUAGCCCUAAUACUGGAAAUGUGGAAACAGCUUGCCUUACUCUUGGUCUGAUAGAACAUGCAUGUAUGAAGUAUAAAGAGGUGAGCUUUGGAGGUGUGCAUAUUUUAUCCACCAGUGUUGCUGUUGGGUACAGUGGAUCAGUCCUUCCCUGGUCCCACAGCUUCUAACAGACAUCUUUUUGUGGUUUUGAUUUUCUGGUUGUUGGUGGUCUGCUCACAGGAAAAACUGUAUUUUGAGGCCUUACAAAAGGUGUUAGAUACAUUGGGACUCCUGACAAAAAUCGGCACAGACUUAACAGUUGAAUCAGGACAACUACUACGCACCCACUAUGUUAAGGGUCGGUUUUGACCUGUGUCUUAAAUCAGCUGUAAAUUACACUAAAAACAUUUCUCUAUCAUCCAGUUUGGUUCUUAUCUCUAGGUUACCUUGUUUGGCUUCAUUAUCCAUGAAAAUAUUGAUUAUAAUAUUUUUUGUAGUGGGCCUCUGUGCCUUUCUUUGUCUCAUACUCCUCAUACAGACAUCUAUACUGAAUUGAUCUUACAUGUCUGUGCCUGUUUUUGUGUGGGUAAAACAUGACAAAAUUAGAAUUUCCUGAAUGUCACAUGAUUGGAAGAGGAUCUGACUGACGGUGCACUUAUGAUUUCAGUUUUUGCUCUAAUUAUUAGAUUAUGAUCUAGCCGAGUAAACAGCGACCCCAACACGACAAGUGCCAUAAUUUUAAGAAGAGCAUUUUAUAAUUUAGUCAAUUCAACUUUUUUAAUUUUUAUUUAUUUUUGAAAUAGAGGUUCCUGACAAAGUCAAAAAGUCUUGAUGCAGAAAAGCUCAUUUAAGUGGUUCUUUUAAGCAUUUAAAACCCAAAACGGGUCGGAACAGACCCUAACACAAGAGAAGUGUUAAAAAAAUAAAGGGCAACAGCAUUUAAGGAGGGACAUAAAAACUAUAAUCAUGGUAUAUGAAGCCAUUUACUUUGUACUUUAAAAUAGACAUUUACAUCACCUAUAAAUGUAAUUUGUGAGCCUGAGUCUGAUUGAAUCCACCUGACCCUGCAGUCAGUCUGCACAGCGGACUACAUAAACCAGUUCUUCUCCUCUGUUGCCCUUUCAGACUGACACAAACGUUGACAUUCUGCAAACUCACUCCCUCCUCUGCUCUCCAAUCCUUACUCUCUCUCUGCCUGUCACUCCUCUUUCCCCUCCCUCUCUCCCUCUCCCUCUCCUUGGUUACUUGUUGCUCUCUGAUGAAUGGCUCAGUUCUUGGAAGUCACAACACGUGUUUCCUUGUUCACUCUCCUGCUGCCUUGUGCUGAGAGUGUGCAUGAAAAUGUGUAUGUAUGUGCAUCAACAAUGAGGAAGUGAGUUAAACAGUUACACAGCACAAAUGUGUGGACGCACUGAUUGAGUGAUUGACAUGUUUUGAUGAGGUUUAUUUAACGCAUGAAAAACCCAUCCUCUUAUUCUCUUUCUUCCUUUGUAGGCUUUCAUUCCUCGACAGACGCUCAAUUUCUCUGCCAGUGCUCACAUGUUGAGACAACUUAAUAUGCAUGCCAUGGGUGAACUAUUGUAUCACCACUUUCUAAUAAACAGCAACAGUUGGAUAGGAGAGGGACUCGGUGGUCGGGUUCUCAGAAACAUUGAGCAACACCAAAAAUCAUGAGACUCUGUCAAAGGAAACUCUGUGGGGAGGCAAACCUUUGUGUUUGUUUCUCUAAAGCUGGAACUUAGAGUCCGGACUUGACUUGGUCAGCCCGUAUCACCUUACAUAACCUUACUAUAAUCUGAUUACAGAGGUAAGAGACAUACAAGCAAGUAUGUAAAACAGUUAAACUGGAGUAAUCAUUUUCUGGUCUGCUGGAAAUAAACACAAUUUUUCCAGUUUAAUCUUAUUCCUUUCCUUAAAAUACUUGAUGGACAUGCGAUAAAUCUAUAAAUAAAAGGAUCACGUCGAUAAUAAUCAUAAAUAUGGAUAUUUGUUUUGCAUAUUGAGAAGAUCUUAUCAAUGCUCUAAGUAUUUGUAGACAAAAUGCCAUUAGUGAAUUUAGUUGAAUUUUUAAUUAAUCAAUUUUGUAUUAAAACUGACACUUCGAGCUAGCAAGCAGCUAGCUUAGGUAGUUGCCUGGCUACCUUAAAAUAAAAAACAGCUCCCAUUGAAGAAAAAACAUUCCUCUAAUGCACAUUCUGAUACUAAUAAAACAUAAUCAUUAUUUUUUUUUAUUUAAUAAGCUUUAUAGGGAGUGCAAGGCAGAUUUCUUGGUGUUUUUAGACAAUACCAAGCUAGCUACUCACUGGGGGGGACAUCCCGCCAUUCUGACAUUGGUCUCUAAUUGUCCGAGUGGCGGUAUGUUACCAUGCUAUCAAACGUCCCGUCAUUCUGACAACUCUCGUCUGCUAUGGUCGGCCACAAAGCCCAGCUACGCUCGAGAUUGAAUGACGGACUCCAGAUGUGAAUGCACCCCCCCCCCCCCCCUUAUAUCGGAAUGGUUAGACGUCGGAGUGGCGGGAUGUCGGAGUGCUGCGAUGUCAAAGUGGCAGCAUGUAACCACUCACUGGUAUAAGCAGCCUCACUGCUAAACUGAACAAACCAGCUGCUACCUUUAUUCAUAGUGUGUCUAAUAGUCCAAAAACACAUUACUGGCUCAGUUUUCAAAUAUUAACAGUUUGUUUUCAGAAAUUGUGUUCAAAAUAUUUGUGCUUUGUCAUCUUUUAACUCCCAACAGUUUUGUAGAUAACCUUAGACUUCCUCAAAAACCUGAUUUUUCAAUUAGCCAACAGUAUUGUUUUUACAGUUAAUCAGAUUCUUACACUAGAACAGUACAGGCCAUGUGUCUGGUUGAAUAAAAACAAAAAUGUUUUAUAUCCUUCAUGUGCCAAAAUGUAGUAACCAAAGACACAGAAGAAAAUGAUCUCCCUCAUCUGACAAUGUCUUGGUCUGGCUUCAAGUGUCGGCACAGGCUGGUUGACUUACAUUUUGAAAACUGAGACACAGUCUGUGCAAGGCAGAAAAACAGAUGCCUUCAAGCCUCUUGAAUGUCAGCGCUAUUCUUGUCUGCGCAGCGCCACAUAUUAUACAUCAAUUUCUCAGAAAUAUGAAGAGGUUUCUUAUUACCUACCCUCUUUAUUCACACAGAAAGAAAUGGACGCCUUAACAUCUACUGUUCUGUAUGUGUUAUCUAUGAACUAACAAAUUAUAUGUGUCGACUGGUAUAAGGCUGGCUCUUAAUAUUCAGUUUGUGAAGAUUCCACAUCUUAAUCCUUUUUGUUAAUGGUUAAAUGAGGGGAGAAAACUUAAAACCACUUACAUUUAUUGGAAUAUUAUGCUUUAGUAAACCUCGCCCAUAAAUACUUACUGAUGAGAACUGACAGAAAAAGUUUUUAAGAUUGAUAUAUAAUAUAUAAAAUAACACCAGGACAGGGACACCAGAUUAAAAAAAAAAAUUAAAAAGUUGCUUUAACCUACUGCUAACCAGCUUUCCAGUCGCCUUCAGGCAAUUUAAAACAAGGCAAGCAUUCUUACGUGCUUCGUAAAGCAUAUUACGUCAAGAGUUAAAAAACAAAUAAAACUGUUUGGCUUAAUAUACUUAAACUUUCUUUAUUGUCAUUGCGCAGAAUAAAACACAGCAGUGAUUUCUCUCAGCAACGAAAUGUCGUUGCUUGGCUUCCAUAUCACAGCAUGAUGGUGUUUUAAUUUAAUAUACAGAAAAAAAUAAAAAACAAUAAAACUAAAAAAUGAUCAAGAAAAUAAUGAUUUUUCUUUAUUAUACUAAAUCAGUUGUAGAGGUCAUGCUAAUAUGAAAUAAGAUAAAUCAUUUAGUUACCUUCUCAACAUUUUGUUAUUCAUAUAAAAAUAAUAGGUUUUGCUUAGAACACAGCUGGGGACAUCAAUGUGAUACUGAUAACCAAUUUCGGCCUUAUGCCCUAAGGCUGUGGUCCAAGCAGGUCAGAGGUCACGGUCAAAAAGUCAGUCAGAGGGGGUCUUCCCAAUUUGUUAAAGCAAAACCCAAACAACUGUCACUCUAGAUGAGAGCAAAUGCAGCAACCAUGAUACUGCAAACCAUAAAGGCUUUUAGAAAGGAACUGAAGAUCUCAUAAGAGCUCCAGCAACACUUGUAGUUCAGGAAACAACUUUAUUUGACCUUCAUCAGGAUUAGGUCUUCAUCAGGGUCAUCAGGAUGAAGGCCACAAGCUGAAACACGUCGGUCUAAUAAAGUUGUUUCCUGAACUACAAGUGUUGGUGGAGCUCUUUUGAUAUCUUCAAGACCUUUUCUCUCCAAGCACUUUGGAAGUCAGUGAAGUUUUGCCAGAACUUUUGACUGCUAAUUUUUAGAAAGGAACCAAACUACAUGAAGCUAAUGUUAAUCCUGUUCUGUGACUAUUUUAUAUGAUUUAUAAAUACAAAAAUCCUCUUAAAAGGCCAGCAGUCAGUCAACACGUUGUACAAAGGGAUAUUGGAUAAAUAACUCCUCAUAAAGGCUAAAUAAAUGAAUGUAAACACUUGAAACCACCAUGAUACACUAAACUCAUUUUUAGAGGGAAAUUUUCAGUCAACAUUGUGUGUCGUCAUCUCCGGCUCAGCCAAUCAGGCGCCUCUGUGUCUGCAGUCCGGUGGUAGUGGGAGGAAUAAUUUCACCGAGGUUUAAAUAGCGAAGCACCCUUGAGCAGAAGAUCUCAAGAUCAGAUAUGAAGAAGGAUUUACCGACAAUGUGUGAGCUGAGGACUGACACGUAGCGGACUAAAACCGUGUAAAAAGGACGAGGGGUGUAAACAUUUGGAUGGCGGAAACAUCCCAGAGCGAAAAGCGAAAUUCAUAAAUAAUGUAAGUAGCACUGCUGGACUGUGGGCUACAGUAAUUCUCCGUCAGGAUAAUAAUACACAUCUUUUUUGAACCUAUAUUCAGUAAUUACCCCAUAUUGAGCUGCAAAAGUCUUGUUGCACGGUGGAUCUGCUUGUUUUAAUGCGCGGUUGUUUGAAUGAAGGCAGAGCUGAGGACUGCAGAGCCUCACCCCGUGUGCAGAUGUUUACAUGUCGACUCACAGGCCACACAACAUACUACCAUUACACUCUCAACCUCAUAUCACUCUUAUUUCAUAUUCUACCUUUCUGUUCUCUUCCAUAUUAUUUGUUAUCCAGCUUCAGCAUUUAAUCUCACCUCAACAUUUUUUUUUUUCUUAUCAUGCUGUUUAUUUCCAAAGAAGUCGGUUUUUAUUAAUAAUUAAAAAUAUCUUAUAUCUUUUUAUCAUCUACCAGGAUGAGACAUUCAGAAUGAACCCUGUCUGCCCUCUCUCUACAUAGUUGUAGUCAGUAAUCCCAGAGUGUCAGACUGCUGGUCGUGUCACAUUAAAUUUAAUUGGAUAAUCCAUCACAUCAUCAUGAUCUUCAUCAUCUGUCUGAUAAUCCCUCAGCCUCUCUGUCACCCCUGUCUGACUCUCGGUUUGCAUGAGCUCAUUUGACUUCUUGGUGUGCUGCUCUGACUCUGAAACUAAAGGUUCAUUUGUACUUUAUUGUACCAGUAAAUCUCUUUGCUGUUUGGUGGUGUAAAUAACUGGUCUGGCUGAGUGCUGUUGGUAUAGAAAUGAGUUUUUAGACUACGUGCUUAGAUAUUAGGUUAUUUCUUCAGCAAAAUAGAUAAAUAAAUAAAUGUUGCAUGGCACUGAAUGACCCACAGAGCUGACUCAUGAUUGGUUGUAUUACAUAAUGGAGAAGCAUUGUGAUUGGCCGUGAAACAGAGAUUUCUUAGAAGAGAAGGCAAGGCUUUGGCUGUGUGUGUGUGUGUGUGUGUGUGUGUGUGUGUGUGUGUGUGUGUGUGUGUGUGUGUGUGUGUGAGAGAGAGAGUGUGUCUGAGUGUGUGUGUGAUUGUUUAGCACGUGGUCAGUUUUGACAGUGAUAGGAGGUCUGUAGUAUUUGAGAAUGAGCGCUUGAGCAUGUGUGUGUUUGUGACACCAUGUAAACAAAAGGGCAUGUUGGACAAAAAGGUCAAAUAAUUAUGUAAUCACAUUGUUACAUAGUCCCAAUAGUGGUUCCUGGUUCUUGAGCAUGUGACUUAGAGGGCUCCAUAUCAGCUCGAUUAAUUUGCCCGAUUUAUUAAUCGCUCUAUACAUCACUUUUGCCUUCAGAUACCCUUCUCAGAUCUCUGUCCCAUCUUAGUUUGCCCUCUAUUUAUACCUUUGAACGCAAAUCAACAUUUACAUUUGAUAAGAAAGUCUUCAAUAGAGAUUGAAGGUAAUCUGCUGGUCAAAUAAUCCACAGGCUCAUUCUGGACAGUAAAUUUUGAACUCUUUUCUGAAGUAGUAGACAUAAAAUGUUGGUGAAAAAUGUCCUAGUGUCGUUUCUGGAUGUCACUUAUAUUAGAAAAUUUGCCUUAUUAUAUUUAAUUUAUUACAUUUCAAGCAGGAAGUCCGAACAUAUCCGAGAAAGCAUCUCUGUUGGUUUAAAGACCAUGUGACAUUUUUGUGUAAUAUGAUUUAGGCAGAGGUACCAUGAGGCCCAGUCUGGGAGCUCUGACAGUGUUGUAUAUGUGUUUUGUGUUGAUGUAGCAGACUGGUCAGAACAACUCUCACAUGGGUCUGAUGCCCAGUCAUUAGAGCAGAGGCGCCCUAAUCUGUGAUUCACAGGAAUGGAUGUGAACAAAUCAUCUUCGUCAUUAGAGGUUCUUGUGUGGUCUGCCAAAACCUUGGCCAUCUGUUUGGCAGGCUGAAACAAUGUGUGUGUGUGUGUGUUUGUAAAGUGUCAUAAUCUGCGUCAGCACAAACAGGUGGAGAUAGUACAGGACAUGUUGUCACACAGACAGGACUUUCAUCUCUCAUAUUUCUUGUGAGUCUUAUUAUCUGUGUCUUUCUUUCUUCUUCACCUCUCUGCUUUAUCUCUCACAUCCUUUGAAUUUGUCUGAGUCAUUUAGAAGAUUCUGACGAGUUAAUUUAGAGCUGCUCUCAUCACAAAAAAACAGUCACAGAAUCUUGAACACUGACACCAGUUUGGUGUUUUGAUUCUUUCGCAUUGCUCUGCAGAUGAAAAAGGAUGCCACUGAGGUUGUUUCGGUAGUCUAAUACACUCUUUUUCUUUAAGACCACUUGCUUAAUAGCAUUUAAUUCCGACUUAUCUUUCCACAAGUAUGUCUUGUAAACAUUUGCUUUUGUCCCAUCUCACCGCCCAUUUUGUCUGCACAUGUUAUCAACAACCAGCCAUCUCAGUACAGUAAAUGAAUUUCCCCUGUCUGUGUGCCUCUCUGAGGCCAUGUUUGGCAAAAUGACUGAGAGCAUUAAAGGCUGAAAAUCAGAUGGACUGGCACAGCACCACAUGAUCUCUCUCAUCCUUAAUGGGGUGGAUCAGCCUUACAGAGAGAAUAAGAGGAUCUUGCUUUUUUAAAAUUAUUUUUGCUUUGAUAGACGAUAUUAAACAGAAUAUGUUUACAUCUGUGCACUGACACUGACUUAUUACUGCUGCAAACAUACUCUGUGUCCAGCAACACCAUAGGAAUAAAUAAAAGCUCCUAAAACAGCCACUGUUAAUGGUUUUAGAAACCUGCUAUUGCAUGUGAGCAGUUAUCAGUCAGUAGUGUAGUUUAUGUGGCAGAUUAACUGUAUGACCUUGCUUUGACCCCCUUUUUUCAGAAAAGUAGUAAACAACUUUCUUUCUUCCUGUUUCUCUACUGUGUGCUUCCAGUUACAGACCAUGAACUAUGUGGGUCAGUUGGCGGGUCAGGUGUUCGUGCAGGUCAAGGAGCUCUACAGGGGACUCAACCCUGCAACCCUGUCUGGAUGUAUAGAUGUCAUUGUGGUGAGACAGCCAGAUGGCUCCCUGCAGUGCUCCCCUUUCCACGUCCGCUUUGGGAAGAUGGGCGUGCUGCGGUCUCGUGAGAAAGUGGUAAGAUAUUACGAUGUUCUCUUACUCAUGCAUUUACUCUUUAUAUCACUGUAGAAGCCUGACCUUGUAUGUUUGAAUGACGGUAACAUGAGAGCUUUAAAACUGCUGCUCAUACUUGUUGUGACGUCAACAGAAAAUAUCGGGCGUUGAAUAAAAACCUCCUUAGACACGAUAAAGGUAGUUUCACACUGUCAAGAAUAUGUUCAGGUUUGAGUUAUAGGCUAACAAAACACUGUAAAGGUGAGAUUUUUUGCAGGUAAAUUUUCAGUUAAAAAUGGCACACAAAUACACUUAAUAGAUUUAGAAAAUAUAUAUGAUUUAACCUCUAAUUUUACGCAGUUAAUGAGCAGUAAUGCCAAAAACCAAGACACCUUUUAAAUAAUCCAUAACAAAGAUUUAGCCAUUGCUGAGGUUAAGAUAAAAGAUUAAAAGAAGAACCCAAAGGUUGAGCAAGUUCAGUGGAUUGCAAACACAAUGUGUCCAUGGAACUGAAAGUAGCUGCUUUCAAGGUUUCAAUCAUCAUAAAUAAAAAUACAAUUCAUGGAGCUACUUCUCAGAAAAGGGUUUUUGCAAAGAAAGAUACAUCAGUCCACAGUAAAUUCUGUAUCUGAUUGCACAUGCCUUAGUGAAUUCCCAGACUUAAGGUUGUUUUCUUCAUACUAAAAGUUUAAGAACUUGUUUAAAGACUGCUGUUUUGUCCUGCAGGUAGACAUAGAGGUUAAUGGAGAGCCGGUGAGUCUGCACAUGAAGCUGGGGGAAAAUGGCGAGGCCUUCUUCGUCAAAGAAACUGAGAACACUCUGGUGAGUUAUGAAUGACAGCGUCAUCACUCUGACUUUGUAAAAGUAUACGCAACUAUAGGUCACAACUUAACCGACAUGCAUGACUAAAAUAUAGGUUGGACUGUAUUAAAUUUGGCUGAGGGUACAUUUCAUUUUGACACAUGAUAGUUCUGACAUAUUUCUUCUGUUACUGCAAAUACUGUACAUGUCUUCGAGAUCAGAGAAGUUUUCCUGCUGAGACAAGCACAGAGAGGGCUAAAGUCUGAAAGGCAACAGCAGAGCUGCCAAGCGUCACGCUUUGAGUGUGACAGUCACGUAAUUUGACCCAUUCUCACACCACAGGCCAUAUUCGACAUUUCUCACGCUUAUAUUUCCCCAUUCAAUACUCUGUAUUUACUUUAUUCAUGAUAAUAAACUUGGCUAGUUCGAGUAACUCUGAUUGAGUGACCAAGAUAACCAAUCCCAGAUUAAUCCAUCAGUCCUUUGUGUCUAAAUCUAACUAACCAAUUGGAAGCAACGUAAGGCAGAUCUUGGCGUCUCUAACUAUCUUGUCCCCAGCUAAAUUAUGAAAAGUUGGUUAAAAUGCAGUACUGACAAAUUAAUAUAUUUUGUCAAAAUUCAUGUUACAAUUUGUAGAUGAAAACAGAGGCGAAGUCAUAAAAAAUGGCUGUAGAGAGGGGCCAUUUACUGGUUUAUGUGAUGGUUUGGAAUAUUUAAAGGCAAUUUGGCACUUUUUUGUUCACAUAGAGCAUAAAACACAGCAAUGUGCUGACCGGAGAGUCAGUUAGUGUAAAAGCGGGUGAAGUGAAGUGCACAAGCAGAAAUACAAGCUGAGCAAUCGGAAGGAACAGAAGAGUCUGUCCUUGUGUGGCAUCCUGCGUAUCAGCGUGACUUGAGUUCCCUGGAAAUAAACCAUCAGGAGAGACAGAAAAGCAUCAACAGUUUCUGACUGGUCAGCAAACACAGACACCCUAACACGGGACAGCUUAUUCAACAGAUUUGUAGAUUGAAAAAUCUAUUUAUUUUUCAAGUAUAGCCUUGAAAAAGCCUUUGUCAUGCUUCUGAUGUACUUUUCAGCACCAGAGUUCAGUGUUCUAGUCCCCUGCAGUUUGAGAACUUGUAUGUUUUAACAGUCAAACUGGUAUCUUUUGAAUGGAGAAAUAGAUUGAGUGUUGCAGAAUGACAUCUUAGAGGUGAAACUAGCUUCACUUGCAUGCAGAGAUGUGUUUGAAGACACUGAUGAAAGCUAAAUCAUCGCAGAUUUCACCCCUUUUCAUCUCUUACGGAGGGUUUUCCUGCAUUUGGGAAAGACUGCCAAGGAUCUGUCAAUACCUGAGGAUACUGCUACUACUGCAGGAAAAAACUAGGUCACCUCUGAUACCAAAAUCCAGCCCUGCACUUAAGAAGCAGUUUUUCUUUUUUUUUUUUUAGAUCAGCAGGAAUGCAUAAACAUAGUGUACAUGUUCUUGCAGCACCGUAGGGCACUAUGUUAAAAUACAAGCUAAAUGAUAUGAAUUCAAGAAACAGCAGGACAGAAAGGAGAGAAGCUAGAAGUGUUAAGCGAGUAUCAAUCUUUCAAACAGCUUCUCUUGUGAAAUGCCGCGUUCCCAAAAAGUGGUCUAAGUUCAGUCCUGUAUGAUUUGCAAUCACUUUUGAUUCCACUGACAAAAGUUGGGAAUGCUCUUGAAAAUCUGACCCAUACCAAUCGACUAAUUUGGAAUCCUUGUUGGGACACCAAACCCACCUAUCUGAGCAAAAAGGGUGGAGCUGGACACACUGCAGUCUGGUCAUUAGAUGAAUCAUUGGCAGUCUACACUGUGUUGCUUAUGGCUGCCAUGGUGUCCCACUAUUAUGUAGUUGAUUCAGCUAUCACUAGUUUACACCCCUGCCUACAAAGUAAGGAUAUGGUUGUUUGUGGAAAUGUAGGUAAAGACAAGAGUAUAGCUAACCAAACUGCUCUAAACAAAACCAGGCAGCUUGGUAGAAAAGCACCAAAUGUUUGUUGGUUAUAUUUGACUUACAGGGACACAAAAAAAAAAUUGAAAACAAUUUGAUAUGCACCAAUAAUCAUCCAAAUGUUCAUUAUAAAGUCUUGACUGAAUAUAUCUUCUUACUCGGUCAUGUUACAGGGUAGUUUAUUCAGCAAAUGUGACAGAAAGUAAUCUGACUCAGGAACAUUUUCUUUUUUUAUGUUACCUCCAAAACUGUAAAGUGAUAGGCAAGGACCCGUGGGUAGGUCUGGGGUGACAGGAAGGACAGAGUUAAGAAGAGGUUAAGUGUGGUCUAAGCAUUCUCAAAGAUGAAGAGGAAUUAGGAGGAAAAUAUCCUCAAUCUAAUUCCUAAUCUGCAGGAUUACACAGGUUUAUUUCUUCUUUAAUUAUUUAUACUCUGUCAAAAACUGGGAACCUCUUUAUAACUAAGAGUGUAUCACAACGUUCUGGGGCCUCCUCUGAAAGAGUAUUGUAUCGUAUUUGGAAAGAAAUAAUCCAUGAAGGAUUUAUCAAAUUUAAACAUAGACUCUGAGAUUUAUACGCUUAUUCUGUUUGACCAGUCCUGUCGCAGUGUUUGGGCUUUUUUUUUUCAAAUCCUCUCCUUGACCCAGCUCCCCCUCUGCAGAGCGGAAAAGCACCACAGGGCUAUUUAUAGCUCUGCCAAAUUCAUCUUCGUCUACAGUCUGUCGCACACAGACUGCAAACAGAAACUGGCUGUCACUUAUCUAUGUGCAGUGUAUACAGACGGGGGGACACUCAGAAGGGUCAGAUAGAAAUACUCUGUGGAGGAGAAGUAGGACAGACACAGUGAGCGGAGGCCGAGCGAGAUAAAGUCACACAGAAAAACAUAAUGUACGGCGGUGAGAACAAAAACACAUACAAAAGGAAGAAACACUGACAGUUAUGGUGGUUAAAAGAUUUUCAGAGACUGGUCUGUUUAGUUUUUAAAUAUUAUUUUUCCAUUAGUGUCAGUCAGUAAUGGCCUAACAGCCCUGAUUGUAAAAAAUAAGAUUUUGAACAAGUCUUUGGCACAGAGCCCAGUCUUUUAUGCCUCUCUGAACCCACCCCUCUUUUUCUCUCGUUUUUCCUCAGGCUGUGUAGCCAAAUAUGAGGAUUUGCAGGGGCUUGCUUGUCGGCAAUUUGUGUAUCUUGCACAUAAAACAUGAAUGCAGUGUUCCGAAAGAAAAUAAUUUUCAGGCCAGAAGUUGUUGAAUAUCUGUGGUCCAAGAAAAAUUAAACAUAGUGUAUUUAUCUUGAUGUGAUUUAGCCUGACAGGCAUAAACAUACUUCUUUUGGGUGUAAACCAAUGUUCGAUUGAGUCUGACAAUCCCAGGAAUUUGAAAUAGUAUUUAAUCCAAUAAAAGGGUUAAGCCUUUGAAGUUUAACCGUGUGAUGUGGUUUUUGCAGUGCAUAUAGAAAUGCUGUAUUACCUGUUUCCUUCAUAGUGAGUUUUUUCAAAGGCUUCUUAGAUUCAUUCACCAUCAAACUCUUUGAUGCAGAGGAAAACCUCAAUCAGUCAAAUGAUACCGACUUUCCAGGAAAAAUCUGUAGAUAUCACUGAAUCAUGAUAGAUUCAACAUGAAGGGUCAUUGAAACGGGAUAUUGACGUUCACAGCAAGGCUGCAGCUCUGAGUAGAUAACAUGGCACAGUGAGCACUGUCCUCUUUUCUCUCCCAUUAAAAUGAAUGAGGCUGUGUUGGACUGUGUUUGGACACGUGCUGCGAAACGCAUGUAUCUUCAGAUCAUCUCUUUAUCUUUCUCUUCCUCUCUGUCUCGAACGUGUGCGGGUCUCUCUUUGGAGUAUAUUCCUCUUUCUGGCACAGUCAUUGCAGUGAGAGUGUGGCGGGCAGAUCUCUGUGAUUUUGCUAAUCUGAGCUCAAAAUCAAAUCCUCCCUAGAUUAAGAAUACACACACACGCACACUUAUUCACUUACUACUGAAAACCAAAAUUAAACAAAAUUUAAUUUAACAAAUAUGUAUAUUUAUCUCAUUUGAUGCAUUAGAUGUUUGUGGAAACUGAUAAACCACAAGAGGACAUUUUUAUUAUUUGUCGGACUGUAUUCAGGUGUUUUUUUAAGUAAUUUGUUGAUCAUAUUGAUUUGACAGAAGUAUCAUAAAAGUAUGUAUCAAACAUGAUACAAAAGGCAUUAUUGGGUUGUAUAAGUUAGUGUAAAUUUUAGUUUGAGUAUAAAAAGAACUGAAAAUGACCUUGAAUUAUUAUGUGUAUCUCCUUCAUUUGCAGGAAGUGGUUCCUUCCUACCUCGCCACUUCCCCCAUCAUGUCGAUGGGAGAGCAGUUGAUGGAGUCCAAGCUAGGCAGGGGCGCCGCACGUCACCACGGUAAGCUCUGUGAAUGAUUUGAAAUGAGUAAAAGUCUUCCUUUCUUGUUUUUUAAUGGACACUUGUCUUCCCUCAUCGCAGACACAAUCCCAUGCAGCUCACUACCCAUCCAGAACCUGGGACCACAACAAAGUGACAAUGGGGUGAACAAGAAGAGAAGGAAGAGGAGGAGGAAGGCACGGCAAGAUGCAAGUGGAGGAGGGAGGAGAGAGGAGAGCGGAGAAGAGUUCUCUGAUGAAGAGGACAUGUUUACUAUUGACUUGAGCUCAGAUGAGGAGAAAGAUGGGGACUGCAGCAGCAGGUGAGUGUAUGUGUGCAUUAUGAGUUUGAGACCUCUGGGAAUGAGAGAAAAAAUUCAGAUACUCUUACCUUCCCGGUAUUUUAUUUUUAUAAACUCAGUCCAUGCUGUUAAAUAAGAGGAUAAGACAGUAAGAGAGGGAGAGGGGAGUUAAAGACUGCAGGUUGGAAUCAAACCAGGGCCGCCCGCUUUAAAGACUACAGCCUCUGUGUGAGGGGCGCACAAUCUAACCACCAGAGCAAACUGGCCUUCCAGCAUUUCCAGUCUUUCUGAGCCAACAGCCUAUUAGGUCUUUAUCAGUUUUUGAUAAUGUGUGUGAGCUUGUCUGUGAAUCAGAGAGAGAGGAGAGAAAGACGCAGAGAAAGAGAGAGGAGGGAAAGAGAGAUAGGGGGAGAUAAAGGGGGGGAGAGAUAGAGAGAGAGAGGAAGAGGUUAUUAGAUGUCAGUCAGUCUGUUCUAUUCCUGUGGUAAACAACCGUCGUCAGCAGUCACACUGCUGUUCGUGAACAGGGUGAACUAAUGCCAAGGAUUCUUUGUUGUAUAAAGACAAGAGGCAGUUAUCUGUUGUUUUUCACACUUGGAUGAGUGCGUGGGUGUUUUUUUUUUCAGCUGUCUGACACUGAACUUGUUCAUUUACAUCGUGAGGACAUGCUUUUAUUCUUUAACUGUAAAUCAUCUGUCUUCAGCUGUGCUAGCUGUGUGGAUGGCUGAUGUGGAUAGCUUUAUCAACAGGUUUUGAGCAGACUUGAACUUUUUCAUCAGCUCACUGUGAUUUUCUGUCACGUUCACCUUAGACGGAGCUGUAAUAUCUUUGGUGAUCACUGAGUUCCUUAAUCUGGUUAAACAUUUUCACACAUCACUAUCUGAAAAAGGCAUGACUUUUCCACCAAGUUAACAAAAUUACAUGUAGAUCAGCUGAACUCAAAUGUAAACAUACAAAUGACUAUGUUACUAAAACAUCUGCAUGUAAAGAAGGUGAAAAAUUAUUUCGGCGCACUUUUACAAGUAUUCAGCUGAACGACCAGAGGACCAGGACAUUGUCACAGACAUGCACUCUUGACUUGCUUUGUGAGGUUCAGUGCUUUGAUUUAGAUUAAGAUAUGCAGCAACAGAACAAGUGUAAGAAAACAAACCUUAAGGGGUAUUUUCCAGCUUUUUAACCCUCAAGCCAGUCUCCUAAAGUAGGUCUGUUGGUGUGAGUGAAAUGUUUCCAAAUGCGGGAUGAUGCAAGCUCAACUUUUUUCUUACUAGCUUGGCUCAGCUCAAAACAAUACCAUCACUAAAACUGUCCUCCUCACUUUGGAAGAAAACUACUCUUUAUCUUAAAAAUACUUCAUGGCACAAAACUAAUACAGGCAAGAUGUGGUUUGAAAAAAAAAGUGCUGAACAAUUGAGAGAUAAAAAUUAAUGCCAGAGCUCACAGGUUAACAGUUACAUGUGUUGGUGUGUGUUUAUGUGUGUGUGUCGGUGUGCAUGUAAAGCCUUUAGAAAUAAGUCUGUUUUAAGAUGCUCUCCAGGGAUUCAUCCUGUUUCCACUGUGUUCCCUCUGUCUCUUCAAAAUAAUGUCUCAGUGGAUCUUUACUGCAGGGGUUUAGAGCCUCUUUUGGGAAUUUGCCUACAUGGCACAGUGGGAAAAUUCCUAAAACCCUUAAGGACGUGUAAGAAUGUGUUUCUGCUUAAAGCUCCAGUGAGGAGUUUUGGUCUUCUCAGAAAAACACUUAAAAUUGAUGUCUCUUCAUGACCUACAUUAGCAAAGGAGACCAUCGGUGACAAGACUGGUUUUUUAUACGAUGUUGUUUGUAAAGUCUAGACCUGCCAGUGGGGUUCAGGUUUCAGUCAAGUUCAUCUACAGCAUGUUUUUUUCUACAUUUUCCAUAAAACGAACCAUGUGUCUGAUAUGUUGUUACAAUCAAACAGGUUGAGAAGUAUCUUUUUUACUGGUUUAAAAGAGACAAAUGUUUUUACAUGUGUGUGCAGGAUGUGAAAUGAUUUGAUGUGUUUUAUGGCUCAUAACCUCCUUUGUGUGUGUUCAUCAGACCUGUGUUUGGGGAUCAGGGGUCUACAGCUGUUACACUCCCACGCACAGAUUGGAUCCGUUCACAGAGGUAUUUUCACUCCAAACAAAGCACGCUAUAAUAAACAAUUUUUCUACUUUAUCAACUGUCUGUAAGCUCCUCUUAGUCCGUUCUUGAGUAGACUUAAAUUCUUCUUAAAUUAUGCUUUGCAUUAAUACAUUAUCUGUGCUCACAAUGACUUGAUAAUAAUCAGACUCACCAUUUCUCUCCAUUUGCCUCUACAACGUUCUUGUCCUUGUCUGUCUUUUCCGUGUCUCUUUAUCUGUAGUAAAGGGAUUGAGGAGACUCUCUCCAUCCCUCCACCAUGUGGUCUGUCCAUCUCUUGUCCUCAGCAGACCUCUCACUUCUCUUCCCCUGUUAGGUAUCACCUUUAAUUUGAGCCUCUCUGAUCCACUGAAAAAUGCACUUUUUAAUGUGAAUCAAUUCCAAUAUAUACAAUAAUUAGAAUAUACUUGAUUGUGGUUUCUUUUCUAUGCACUCAUACUCUAUGCUUGAUAAGUCUUGUCUUACUGUUUUGGUUCUUUAGGUUUAACAUGAAUGUUAAAGGUAUUUAAUGUUAAUUGGGUGUUAUAUAUAAUUUGUACUAGCUGAUCUAAAUCAAGUGUCUUUGGCCUCCCUAGUAGUCCUGAUGAUUCCCGUUCAUCGACACCGAAGAGCGACUCAGAGCUAAACAAUCAGAACAAAGAUAACCCUGAGAUCUUGUGGACCUGGGGGGAGCUGCCACAGGCUGCACAGGUGUGUCAUCAUGAUCUUAUUGACUCUUAAAGGGAUAUUCCCACAUAAAAUUAAUUUAGGGUCAAACACUCCGUAACACUGAGUCAGACACCCCCUCAAGAGAUAAAUGUUACCAACUUUAGUAAUGACGGCAAGAUAGCAAUACACAGCGGUCUGAGGAGCCAUAAACAAACCUCAAGCAAAAUGCCACUCUAUAGACACAAAUAAUACUCAGAACAGCACCUAACUUCAUCAACAGUACAUAUAGGGUCCCAGCCAGAGUACUAGCCACCAAACAUCUUUUUAACUUUGCCUAAUUUCUUUAGCAAAGAGACGAAACACAACUCACCCACUCUCUUCCAGCAGCCGACUGAGGCGGGAUUGGUCAAGGUCUUGCUACAAACGGAAUAUCCCUUUAAAUGUUGUUUGUGGAGAGGAUGCUCCCAUUUUUACAGGACACAGAUAACAGAAAAGAGCUUUAGAAAUAAUAGUUUGAAAAUGUUACAAGAAUGAUAAAAGUUGAAAAAUCCUAAUUAUUGAAGGAUGAGUUUGAUCUUUGUCUUCUUUCCAUUCACAGCCUGCCUUCCUUACUGCCCACCAGAAGCAGGAUCAAGCCCCAGCAGUCUCCAUCCCGGUGUCUACCAGCACUCACUUCAGAGCUAUCGAUGAUGCUGGACCCCCCUCCCUUACUCUCUAUGCACCCCAGCCAGGAGAGAACACUACACACAGAGGGGACAAAGACACUGAGACUGGGUACAGGGUUGGAGGAGAGCAAGGUAGACAUACAGAGGACAAAACCUCUUCAAAAUAUCAAAUACUCUCAGUGUAUGUCUGGGAAUUUGAAAUAAAAUGUUAUUCAUUUACUUUUAUUAUUAUUAUUUUAUUAAUUAUUAUUAUUAUUUAUUAAUAAUGUUAUUAUUUGUACGACCUAGUGACCUUUGAGUUUGCUUGUUUUGCAUUAUUUAUCAUUUUUAAGGGAGAGCAGUGGAAAGUGUUGGGCCAUCGUGUGCUGAGAUGGAGAGUAUAACAGCCGGCUUAUCAUCUACCCGAGUGCUGCUGGAUCACCUAGACGAGGGUAAAAACAGAGGAAGCCCAGUUAGAAGAACAGAUUCACCAUCCAAGAAGAAAGGUAAAGGAUUUCUACCGUUAAUAAAUCAUCAUGGAAAGGCUUCUGUUGAAUUCAGCAUGUCAUGAGUUGCAAUAUCAUAAUUUAUGUCUGCUACUGACUGAUCUAUGUUUGCAUGAUGUUGACGCUCACUAGAGAAGAGAAGCCAACACCUGGGAGAAGACGGUAUAUACCUGGAUGACAUCACAGAGCUGGAGCCUGAAGUUGCCGCUCUCUACUUCCCCAAAAGGUUUAGUAAAGAACAUAUAUUCAUGUUCCAAACAUGUUAGUGCGUGCCUUUACUGAUGAGUACAAAACAUACUCCACCCAGGACACACGCACCUACCGUGUGUUUAUAUAGUAUUUUAUGGGUUGUAAUGCUCUGUGUGGUUGAAAUUGUUGAGUCCCCUCCCUAAGAGGUUUAAAAGAGUUCUUUAGACUUUCUUCUUACUAUACUUGGCUUACCAGUCAAGCAGGUUUUUGUAUGUAUCACUAAAUCAAAACAAAAGUUACCCCAGAAUGCUUUACAAAAGGAGCAGGUAUAGAUGACACUUUCUGUUUUUAUUAUCAAAGAGACUCAACCCAGAAAAUAAAGAUGUGAACACUAGUAUGUCAUCAGCUUUUUUAGAUAACAUUCUAACUUUCACUUUGGGCGCUUUGGAUGUUGGAGUUAUUUGAUGGUGAAAUUACAUUGCUAAUUAACAUUAUCCAAAUAGACAUGCAUUGACAGAGACUCCCUCCAUCUCUCUCUUUAGUGAUGGAGGCAGCAGCUCCAUGAGGUUAGACUCAGAGAUGAUGAUGGGGGUGCGGAGUGCUAACCAGUCCCCACAGUCAGUGGGUAGCAGUGGGAUGGACAGUGGUGUUGACAGUUUGUCAGACCAGAUGGGAGACCUGCCUCAUGUUGCCAUUUCUUUGUGUGGAGGACUCACAGACAACAGAGAAAUCACAAGAGGUUAGAAAACAGCGAUGAAGUGCUGAUACUGUUCUGUUUUUAUCGGAAGAUUCAUGUUAUAAAGGUAUCUUCUUUCUCUUUUGUUUGUUUCAUAUAACAGAAGAGUUCCAGGAAAGGGCAGUGUCCUACCAGCAGUUCUCUGAAAACCCCUCGAUUAUUGAUGACCCGAACCUGGUGGUCAAGAUAGGAAACAAGUAUGUACUGCUCUUUAAAUGAGUGAAGACACCAUGUGAAACUGUCACAGCAGUCAUAACUCUUCCUUUAGGGUGACACACGGUACACCAGCUUUGUUCUGCAGUUUCAAGGACAAGGUGUAAAGAAAUACUAACAGCGCCCUCUGUCGUCUGUCAUAGAUACUACAACUGGAACACAGCUGCUCCUGUCAUGUUGGCGAUGCAGGUCUAUCAGAAACCACUGCCGCAGGUAAGACCACUACAGUGAUGCUUAAAUAAGUGUCUCGGGUGAUUCUGAUGUAACAAUGUUUUUUUCUCCCAUUUGCAGUUUAAAAAUGUUUUGAUUUAUUUCAACACUAAUACCUUCAGCAAAGUGUCCCCAAAAUCAACCGAGUGGGCCUUCUUAGUUUUAAGUACUUGAUUAUUACAUCAGUACAUAACUAUUACUAUAAAAGAUCCGUUAUUAUGUAAAGGGUUUAAUCUACUAAAUACUUUUUCUUUCACUGAUUUUCAAUGUAAAAUUCUACAGUUAGAGUUAAUAGUAUCAGUCUUGUGUAAACUGACCAUUAUUUCCUAUCUAAACCAUAAUUAAAAAAGGUGUAUACUAUGUUACUGUUGUAAUAGUGUUCUACGCUAAUAUUAUUGCUAUUUUAAGAUAACAUUUUUUGGUGCUCUGUACCAUCUGAUAAGUGUUGCAACUAUCCUGAAAAAGUAGCAAAUGACAAACAAGAUAUUGCUCCUAACUUUUGCAGGUUUGCUCUGCAGUAGAGAGACUGUCUUGCCCUCUGUUUUGCAAAGCCAUUGCAACAGACAUGACAAUAAUUUCAUCAUGUUUUGAAACAAGUUCAUUUUAAGUGUGUUAUUAUAUCUGUCAGGUGGUGUAAGCUGUCUGUUGGUGUUUUGCAACGUUCCACUUCACUUUAUCCUGCGCACUCCCAGCAUUUUGUAGAUACUUGCUUUAAUGUGAUGCGUCACUGUGUGUCAUUCUUGAGUCCUCUUCUCUAGAAACACCUCAAGAUAAUGUUGUUUUUUUCUGAUAAACAGUCAUGUUUCUUUAAACAACACGUUUAAUGAUACUUAGAAACUAAAACUGGCUGUUUAUGAGCGCUCAUGGGAAGCUUUCUGGUCCUAUACCACAUAUUACUCCUCCUCAGUGAAAUAUGGCUUUAAAUCUGUUCUAGUAACACUUUGAUAAUGUCUUUAUUCCCCUCCUUAUUUUUCCUGUUUUCAUUUACAUUCUCUCCUCCCAUAAUCCAUUGGAUGUUUGUGUUCACCAAGUGUUGGUGUUUGAGUUAUGUGUUUUCUGCUUUUGGCCUCUUCUCAUACUGCCUCCCUGGCCUUUUUGGCUCCAGCUCUUCCCAGCCUGUACGGUGUUUUAUAGCUUUGUUCGGCCUUUGCUUGCCCGGCAUGAGUUUGUCUCUGUUAGAAAUUUUUGUAUCCAUUUUGGCUUUAAUUUUUCCCAUGUAUUUUCCCAUCAUUUUCCUGUCUUAACGUUCAAAAGUUUCUUCCCUUCAGAUUUUACUUUGCAUUAUUUGCUCUUUAUUUGCUUGCUAUUGAACCUUCACCUGUGACUGCCUUUAUUGUGGUGAUUGAGUUUCAAUUCGGAGUCAAGUGAUGUGCAAUGUGGUGGUCAAUGGUGGUCGUUCUGUUUAGAGUUGUACUUCCUGUUCAUUUUUUCUCAUUUUUCGUUGUGUGCCUCGGUUUUCUAUGAGUUGAUUUUCAUCAGUUUUGUGCUACACUUUCAGUCAGUUUUGAGUUGUAUGUGCAUGGUUGUCUCCAGGCCUCAGUGGAGAACAUCAUGAAGGACAAGAUGCCAAAAAAAGGAGGACGCUGGUGGUUCUCGUGGAGGAGCAGGAACAGUGACUCCAAAUCAGUGAGUACAGACUUUUUUCAAAGUGUUAACCUUCAAAAUACACCGACAUCGAGCUUGCUUAAUCACCUCUAACCUCGUACUCCACAGGAAUCAGUGAUGGAGGCAGGAGACCAAGGAGAGAGCUCACUCACUAUGCCCUCAGGGAAUAGGUAACACUGAAACUACAUUUGUUCUCUCCUCCUUUGGUGCUUUUUCAAACUACAUGUUUUUAUCUCAUACAUAUGAUUUUCUUCCACCUAUCCGACUCUCUUUGUUUAUUCAGAGGAAAGGAUGAGUCAUCCUCCAGUGAUGAAGAUCACAGACUGUCCAAUCAGGCGCCAGGGUCCUGCCUUUCUGAUCCCCUCACCAAUCCAGGCAGCGUUUGCUAUAAGAAGACUCUUCGGCUCACCUCAGAGCAGCUGGUAUGGAUUUCUGCCGUGUUUUUCUGCCCUUAUGAGUGAGAGGGGUGUAUGUAGUGUUGCAGCUCUGCAGUGUCUGCCCACAUACUGUGCAUGUGAUUCAAUAUGGUGAGGCAGGAAUGCUGGCAAAGCAGCAUUUCUGCUUAAAUAACAAACAUGUUUACAUUGCGUUCCCUUUGGACAGACUCAGACUUUAAAUCUCAACAUGUGGUGUGCCAGGCAAUUCUCUCCUACUGCAAAAUAGCUGACAGAUGGUCGGCAACAUUUAGGAUUCGUACCCAUGUUUGGCAAAAUACCAAGACACUGGACAUGAUGUACCUCUUAAAAUGUCUAAUAAUACAUCUAAUCCUGGCAUCCAGUUAUAUAUUCAAGACUGAAUUUACCACAUUGGGAUAAAGCCUGUCUAUUUUUGCCUUUGGACAGUUUUAAAUAGAUUUUAAUCAUUACGUUAAAAAAAGACAAUCGUUCUUUAUCUUUAAGUUUGUGUUGCUGUGCUCCUUUUUCAUGCGCUCUGUUUGUGUGCAUUCAUUACAGGCUAGUUUGCAGCUAAAGGAUGGUCCUAAUGAAGUGGUGUUUAGUGUGACCACACAAUACCAGGGCACCUGCCGUUGCCAUGGCACCAUCUAUCUUUGGAACUGGGAUGACAAGAUAGUUAUCUCAGAUAUAGACGGGACAAUCACCAGGUAGGGGAAAGCACGUCUUGCUUUUACUUUUUAAAGCUCGUAAGUCAAACUCCUUUACGUAAAAUUAAUCAGUCCACAACUGAGGGUAGGUCUGAUUCUCACCAGUAGGGGUCAGAUUUUACCUUUGGUGUUGUUUGACUUACUUUAAUGAAAUGCAUCUGUAUUGACUGUGUGGUGUUGCCUCCAGGUCAGAUACACUGGGUCACAUCCUCCCUACUCUGGGUAAAGACUGGACACACCAAGGUAUCGCACGUCUCUACAACAAAGUCAGCCAGUGAGUGCUUUAGCCCUCUCAGCCAAAUAUCAUUACUAAUUAGUUUUUUUUCAUUGCUGGUCUUUACAUUGGUCAGAAUUUUAUUGCUUUACUAUGUAUGUAAACCACUUAAGCUCUCUCUGUUUUUGUCACAGGAACGGAUAUAAAUUCAUGUACUGCUCAGCGAGGGCUAUCGGCAUGGCUGAUAUGACCCGAGGCUACCUGCACUGGGUCAAUGAGAGAGGAACCAUGCUGCCAAUGGGCCCUGUUCUUCUCAGUCCCAGCAGCCUGUUCUCUGCCUUGCACAGGUCAACAUGUUCAAAAGUGCUUCUUUAAAAUAAUGUGAAUAUAUGUGGUUCUCAAAGCAAAAAGUGAAACAUUGAAUAGUUGGGAUGUCAGCGACCUUAAUUUGGUAUUCCUGAUUAUUAAUCACUUGAUCUAAGCAGCUGACAGACAUUUAAUCAAUAAUAGUGCAUUUAUUUUUGUUAUAUUUAUUCCUACAUUGAAAAUAAUGACAUAAUAAAUCUUUGUUGUCAUUUUGAAAAUUUGGUUUCUUCAGUUUUAGGAAGCAUGGGAGCAAAUAUGCAUCAAAGAUAAGCUACAUAACAGAAUAUUAAACUUGUAUUUUUGUAUUUUGUAGGGAGGUGAUUGAGAAGAAACCGGAGAAGUUUAAGAUCGAGUGUCUCACAGACAUAAAGCACCUUUUCUUCCCAAACACUGAACCUUUCUACGCUGCUUUCGGCAACAGAGCUACGGUGAGACCUCUGCUAUAGAGGAGCGUGUUUGUCCUCUCUGACAAAGAGGCUUCAAAUGAAUUAUGUGAUGUUAUGAAAGAUGUUACGUGUAAACAUUGUAUGAAAUCAUCUUUUUUGUUGGCCUUGUCAUAGUUGAACAACACAGGUGCUUUUUUCUCUCAUUUUUAAUGCUGCCUGUUUUUUGUGUGUGUGAUUUUAGGAUGUGUAUUCCUACAAAGAGGUGGGAGUUCCUCUGAACAGGAUUUUCACUGUCAAUCCCAAAGGCGAGCUGGUCCAGGAGCAGGCCAAAACCAGCAUCUCCUCGUGAGUUGACACUUGUGUAGUCUGACUCAGUCUAGGCUCUGCUUUUGUGCAGCUGAAGUCAGUAAACAUUGUGUUGCCUCUCUUUUAGCUUCGGAGGUCUGUGUGACGUGGUCGAUCAUGUUUUCCCCGUCCUGGAUCAAGAAGAGGGAGCAGGCCUCCCCCAUGAUGACACCUUUGGCCAGUGCAACUACUGGAGUGAGCAAAUUUCUGAUGGCACCAACCAGGAAGAGGACCCACAGCCCCUUGAAACAAGCUGA